AGCAUAGAUGUUGUAUGUGUAUUAGCUGUCAAACGGUUAUAGACAGUCAUCAAUAACUAAAGUUCUGCGUGUAGUUUUAUGAUCUAGGUGCACUAUUUUCGUAGCUAGUUUAAGGUAGAUAUACUCGCUGUUUUAAGAACUCGACUGAAGCUCUUUUUUUUAGGAGAGCAUUGGGAAAAGAGCAAUAACACCAUUCCCGAUCGCGUGCGCUCCUGUUACAUAUUCGCUGUAGAUCGUCGGCCAUUUGUAAAACAAACCAGUGCAUAGAUAUUCGUGACAGCCGCAGACAGCUAAUGGUUGUGGUUAACGGCAUCUGAAAAGUAACGUCCCAGGAAGAAUCGCAAGAGAAGCUGCAUACUGAACAUCUGCAAUAUGCACUAGCAGAUUAGCCAUUUGCACUUUUUUCUGCCAAAGUAACUGGGGCACUUCAGAAUGAGCUUCUUGUUUGGCAGUCGGUCAUCAAAAACUUUUAAACCGAAGAAGAACAUACCUGAAGGGACGCACCAGUAUGACUUAAUGAAACAUGCUGCUGCAACAUUGGGUUCCGGUAAUCUGCGGCUCGCAGUUAUGUUGCCUGAAGGAGAAGAUUUAAAUGAGUGGGUCGCAGUUAACACUGUGGACUUCUUUAAUCAGAUAAAUAUGUUAUAUGGAACAAUAACAGAAUUUUGCACUGAAGACAGUUGUCCUAUAAUGUCAGCAGGACCAAAGUAUGAAUACCAUUGGGCAGAUGGACAUACUGUAAAGAAACCUAUAAAAUGUUCUGCCCCUAAAUACAUAGAUUAUUUAAUGACAUGGGUGCAAGAUCAGUUAGAUGAUGAAACAUUAUUUCCUUCAAAAAUUGGAGUACCAUUUCCCAAAAAUUUCCUCUCCAUUGCAAAGACGAUACUGAAGAGACUUUUCAGAGUGUAUGCACAUAUUUAUCACCAGCAUUUCUCAGAAGUUGUCCAGCUGGGUGAAGAGGCUCAUCUCAAUACAUCAUUUAAACACUUCAUCUUUUUUGUUCAGGAAUUCAAUUUGAUUGAUCGAAAAGAAUUAGCGCCUUUACAGGAAUUAAUUGAGAAGCUAACAGCAAAAGAAUGCCGAUAAAAAGGAAAUGCUUUCAAAUACUCUGUGGGGACAAUAUAUAAAGUGAACAAAAUAUAUUUACAUACAUUUGUAUAGUUUUUGUGUAAUUUCUCACAUGGUGCCGUUACAUAGCUUAUCAUGCGUUGUUGCACAUUGUUCCUGUUGGAUUGUCUGUUAGUCCAGAUCACAAAGUGAGAAUGAAAAUAUGAUGGAAAAUUCUUAUCAGUGAGUGUCUUAACUCUUACCAGUUUUUUGAGAAGAUUAGUAAGUAUGUAUUUAUUUUUGUGGUAGUGACAGAAGCAGACAGAAUGUGUAACAUUAUUACAAUAUCCAGAUUCUUAUGUGGCUGUCUACUUGGCUUCAUAUACUUUGAGUUUAGCAUAUGCAUUUGUUCUGCUGAUCUGAUGCAGUAUUUCAGUUGCAAAUAUUUCUUUCUCUUCUUCUUAUGUGUCAGUUUUAGUCAUUUGCUUUCAAUGUUUGGCUAGACAUUGUUUUGUUGAUUGUUAAAUGUUGUUGCUGUAGUAUUUAUUACUAUUUUAUUGUACAAAAUGUGGUUGCAAUGCAACAGAAAGAGCAAAUAAAUUAUAUAUAAAACAUGUAA